GAAAACAAAUGUUGAUGACAUGUGUGUGGAGAUUGAAGACAAAGUGACAGAGUUUGCGGCAAUUGGACAAAGGAAAUCCGAAACCUUAAACUUUAACUACUGCUGCUCUCCUUCUUCAUUCCUCUUCUCUCCUUUUCUUCUAUAAUAUUCACAAACAUCUUUCUUUCUCUUUCUUUUCUUCAUACACAUUCCUUCUUCCCCCAAAACGCAGUCGUAUUUCGCUCUUCUUCAACAUUUGGUUUGCUGGUAUGAGUAAAGUCUUCUCCGAUAUACUCGCGGACAAGCUGUCCAAGCUCAACAGAACCCAGAAGUGCAUUGAAACGUUAUCACAUUGGUGUAUAUUUCACUGGAGCGAGGCAAAGCUGGUAGUGGAAACAUGGAAUAAGCAAUUUCAAAAUUCAGAAAAGGUUCAUCGAGUCCCCCUUCUGUAUCUUGCAAAUGAUAUUAUUCAGAACAGCAAAUGUAAAGGAGAUGAGUUUGUGACUGAAUUUUGGAGGGUUCUUCCCGCAGCACUUAAGGAUGUUUUUGAGAAAGGUGAUGAUCAAGAAAAGCAUGCAGCAUCUAGACUGGUUAAUAUAUGGGAAGAAAGGAAAGUGUUUGAAUCUCAUACUAAGAUCCUUAAAAAAUCUAUAUUUGGAGAAGAAGCACCUCCACAGUUGGAAUUCAACAAAAAGCGAUCCCGAUCUGUCAGAAUCGUGAAAAAGGAUUCUCGUUCCAUUAAAACGAAAUUGUCCAUUGGAGGUACAGCAGAAAAAAUAGUCUCAGCUUUCCAUACAGUGCUUAAUGAACAUUCCAGUGAAGAUUUAGAGAUGAGUAAAUGCAAGUCAGCUGUUCAACGUGUGAGGAAGAUGGAAAAAAAUGUUGAUAUUGCAUGUUCUAUUGUAAAGGAUCCUAAGCGAAAAACUUUGUCUAAGGAAUUAGAGGAGGAAGAAAAUAUUUUGAAAAAAUGCAUAGAAAAUCUCAAAGUAGUUGAAGCAAGUAGAGCAGAACUUGUAACGCAGUUAAAGGAAGCUUUGCUUGAGCAGGAAUCCGAGCUGGAGAAUGUUCGGACACAGAUUCAGGUAGCACAAGCACAAGUAGAAGAGGCUAGCAACAUGCGGAAGCGACUUGAUGAAGAUUCUUCAUAUAAAGCUUCAACUGCAACGUCUUCUGUUACUGAUGUGAAUAUAAAAUCAGAACCAGCGACUAAAAAGUCAGCCGCAGCAAUUGCAGCUGAGGUUGCAGAUAAGCUAGCUGCUUCUUCAUCAUCUCAGUUUAUCAUGACUUCUGUUCUCUCUUCAUUUGCAGCAGAAGAGGCAAAAAAUGUUAGUCUAACUUCUGAGUCAAUGUCAAAACCUGAGAAGUCAAUACCUAUAUCAGAUCCAAAUGUUUUUAUGUCUUCACAACAGUUAAUUGCCACAUCAAAUCAUUCAUAUCCACCGGCUAUGGUACCUCAACCCACCUUGCAGAAUCCAACCGCAACUUCACAGAGUCAAUAUCAAUUGCUUGGUAAUUCAUCCUCCCACCAUUAUUUGCAAUCAACUGGAGGGGUUAUUACUCCAUAUGGUUAUGGUAGCGUCCCUCCUCUACCACUGGGACCACCCCCACCUCAUAUGGUGGGUCCAAUGGUGCCUCUGACCCAUCAGACAAUGCAAAUAAGUCAGCAGCAGCCAGCAGCGAUAGCUCCACAUCAACCAAUAAAAUUGACGCAGCAAGCUCCAGUACCUCCUAGUUUUCGACCACUUCAACCGCCGGGAAUGGUGUACUAUGGAAAUCAUCAGCAUUCUAUAUGAUACCCCUACAUGCAGUAGUUUGAUUUUAGUCAAAAUGAACUGUUUAAAAACAAGCCCUAUGGUAUGGUCGCUGGGGUUGAGUUGGCACAAUACAUGGAAGCCAGGCUAGCACCCUGGUCCCUGGGAUGUAAAAGGAAAGUAUCACUUGUCAAGAUACUAAAUGCUUUAAAGAAAUUCGUUUUAGACUGACUGUGCA